AUGAAUAUUUACAUUGUAGUUUUAUUAUGUAUUAUAUCAGACUCCUUAGCAAGUCCAAUUUUCAAAAGAUGGCAGAGACAGGUAUCUGCCCUAUAUACAUCAGUCUGUGAUAACAAACAAAUGCAGUUGAUUUGUUUUGGUGAUGGUGAAAUAUUACGCAUAGAAUCAGCUAAUUAUGGACGAACUGAUACUCAACUAUGUCCCAGCAGACUGGACACUACAAACACAAAUUGUUCUGCUGAAAACUCAUUUCAAAUUGUGUCUGAAAGAUGUAACGGUAAAGAUGAGUGCAGGAUACCGGUUAAUACUGGUGUAUUUGGCGGUGAUCCUUGUCCAGAAACUGAAAAAUAUCUCGAAGUUUCUUAUUUCUGUGAAACUGCAGCAAUAACACCCUUUUCAACAGUGACAACACCCUCUCUAGCUGCAGCAAGGACAACGGCAGCGACACAGUUAGUCACGGAGGAAGAUGGCUCAUUUUUUACCGUAGUGUGCGAAAAUAAUCAAAUGUCAUUGACGUGUUUUGAUGGUAAAGUUCUUAAAAUUGUUUAUGCUAACUAUGGUCGGACGGAUGAAAUCACAUGCAACAGUGAAGAGCAGAAUCAAGAUACGAACUGUCGUGACCCGAACUCAUUACAAGUAGUUCAAAACAGUUGUGAAAAUAAUGCUGCCUGUGAGAUUGAAGUCAACAAUGAUGUGUUCAGUGAUCUGUGUAUCGGAGUAUUUAAAUAUCUCGCUGUGAGGUACAAAUGUGUUAUUCCUUCACCCUCAUGA